AUGAGGGAGAAAAGCAGUUUCCAGUUUUCAAUGAUAUGGGUCGGGGAGGGUAGGUUUGAGAUAGGAACAAAGUUUGCAACAAUUGAUGGGUUUAAAGAAGUGGUAAAAGACAUGUUCAUUUCUGAAGGGAGGGAACUGCUGUGGAUCAAAAAUGAUAAAGAAAGGGUAAAGGUUGGCUGCAAAGGUGAAGAAUGUCCAUGGCUAGCACAUCUAUCCUACAACAAGACAUUGUUAUGUUAUCAGGUAAAGACUUACAAGGCAGAGCAUACAUGUGCUAGAGACUUGGGCAGCAAUGCAGCUGAUCAACACUGGGUCAGUAAGAAAGUGGAGAAGAGAAUGGCUAGUCAACCUCAUAUGACUACUAAUGAGGCAAUUGAGUUUCUUAGAGAAGACUUUAAUCUAGUGUUGCAUCCGAAGAUGGUAUACAUGGCAGUGAAAGAGGCCAAAGAGAGGAUUAUGGGAAAUGAAAAGGAACAGUAUGAGAAGCUUAGGGACUAUGCCAUGGAGAUCAUUAAGAGUAAUCCGGGAUCGACUGCAAGAGUUGAUGUGAUCCCAAUCCCUCAAUCCCUACCUGUCUUUGACAAAAUAUAUAUCUCCUUUGAGGGUUGUAAGCAAGGCUUUAAGUCUGGGUGUAGGCCUUUCAUCCAUCUAGAUGGAGCAUUUUUGAAGACAUAUCAUGGAGGUCAACUACUAUCAGCGGUGACACAGGAUGCUAAUAACCAAUUCUACGUAGUAGCAUAUGGAGUUGCAAGAUCGGAGACGAAGGAAUCCUGGAAAUGGUUUCUCACACUGCUUCAGGAAGAUCUGGGUGAUGCACAUCAAUUUGGUUGGAACUUUAUGUCCGACCAACAAAAGUGCAUAUAUGUGUUUGCAAUGGGGUCUGCUACCAGCCUUAAAGGAGUAAUGCGAGAGCACAUCAUCGGAACUGUGUGA